UUCCGUGACACUGCACAUGUUUACGGGAGCAUCCCGCCGGUAGAAGCAUGGACUGGAAAAGGUUCCCGGCGGAAUGGAUUUUAAUCCUGGAUCAGGAGUUGUCAGACGUGCCGCCUCUGCUUCUUGCGGGUAAAUUUUGUUUAGGUCAGGGUAACUGAUUGUUGGAAGAUUGCGGCAUAGCUUCACUGUCAAAUUCGACUUUGUAUACAUGACAAUGCGAGUAACAUUUAGCGAAUGUAAACUGAAAGAAUUUUAAUCCGAUAUAAAUUUGCUCCAUGCCACGUUUUCAUCUACGUAUGAAUUUAAGGGAACGGCUAGGAAAACAAACAGGCCGAAUAUAGAAAGAUCAGUAGCCGGUUGAAAGAAGGGGCUGAACCACGAAUUAAAACAGUCUGUUGAGUUCAGUCACAUGCGCUCGGCGGACGCUUUUCACGUGUGAUACCGUAGCUUUCCUUUUGUGUGUGCGCUAUAGUUGUAGAUCGUUCGUUUGUGAUAAUAAAUAAAUAAAUUUUAAAAAACAGUGUAAAAACAAGAAUAGCUUACUAGUUAAAAUGGCAUUAGUACCGGAUGCUUUUGGCUAUCUAGCAAGCUAGCUAGUAAUUCUAGACAACUAGGUCAAUCGGCUACAUUCUCUCGCAUAAUUUCCAUAGCCAUCGACGUUUUCGGCUGCCAAUAACAAGCUACCUUAAACUGACGGUAUGCAUUCAAGGCGUUUGGCGAAGCGUUCUGUCCUCGGGAGUCGCGUCUGUGCACCAAGCGUGGCGGGGGACGGAGUGCUUCUCCCAGGGGUGGUCCAAGCUGUCAAACAAGAAAACAAUGAUGCAUCGACGGGACUUCGACGAAAUGUUUACACUGUGCUGAUGCAAGACGGCAGUUUAAUAGAAUAUUCAGAAGACGAGAUCGUCGUGUGUCCCGCUCAGAUGACUGCAAAAGGACCGCUCAAGUCCAAUUUAAAGACUUCUUGCAACGGCCGUGACAUACCCAGUCUGGCCUUGCCAAUGGAAACCCAAAAAGAUGAGUCAGACACUCUCACAGCAAAACCUGUUGAAAAUCCACAAGAGUCUGACACCAAAUGCACCGGACGAGCCUUGGACCCAGAGAAGGAACAUGCUCGGUCAGUAUGCCUCCUGGAACAGAAACGCAAAGUUGUCUCCUCCAGCAUAGAUGUCCCACAGGCCAGGAAGUCAGACGAUGAAGUAGACAUGGACAAAGUGACGGCUGCCAUGGUGCUGACUAGCCUCUCCACCAGCCCCCUGGUCCGAAGCCCACCCGUCAAAGUCAGUGUGCCUAAUUUUCCAGCAGAGGGGUCGAAUGGCUCCUGGAAGGACGGGGGGGUCACUCCUUCCAGCCACAGCAGCAGUGGGUACUGGAGCUGGAGUGCGCCCAGCGACCAGUCCAACCCCUCCACGCCCUCCCCGCCCCUCUCCGCCGACAGCUUCAAGCCCUUCCGCAUGCCCAGCGGGCCUGGUCAGACCGAUGAUGUCAUCGACGAGCCAGACGGGAGCAGCCUGCUGUUCGAUGAGCCCAUCCCCCGCAAGCGCAAGAACUCCAUGAAGGUGAUGUUCAAGUGUCUGUGGAAGAACUGUGGGAAGGUUCUGAGCUCAGCAGCUGGGAUCCAGAAGCACAUUCGAACUGUGCACCUGGGGCGGAACUGUGAUUCAGAGUGCAGUGAUGGAGAGGAAGACUUCUACUACACGGAGAUCAAGCUCAACACCGACCCAACGGCCGAGGGCCCGAACGGCCCGCCCCCCUCCGCACCCGCCCCCGCGCCGUCCCAUCCCCCCAGCUCCGAGCCGGGACGUCCCGACGGCGGCGCCAAGAGCGAGAGCAGGCUCAGCACCCCCCUCAGUCGCUCGGCCCCCAGCGCCCUCUACCUCGUACACAGCGACCACGCCUACCAGGCCACGGCCCCCGUCACCAUCCCCAGCUCCAGCUCCGCCAGCUUCACCCCCAACCGCAGUGCCAGCUUCAGUGUGUCCUGGCAGUCCCCGCCCGUCACCUUCACCGGCAGCUCUGCAUCUCCCACCCACGGCUCUGGUGAGCAGCGUCCAGCAGCCUGCACCGUCCUGUCAUCCCCCCCGCGGGCAACUGGCUCGCUCAGGAAAUCACGAGGAGAGGGGAAGAAGUGCCGCAAGGUCUAUGGCAUGGAGAACAGGGACAUGUGGUGUACGGCCUGCCGCUGGAAGAAGGCCUGCCAGAGAUUUGUGGACUGAGGCAGAGGGGGCGGGGCGCUGGUGCCAUGGAGACAAGGGCGGUCGUUCAGCCGCUGAAUGCAAAGACCGUCCUUCACUCUCACCCCACUUGCCCGGACAGGGGGCAGAACUUCCUGUGGACUUCCAGUGAAAAAGGAAUGCCACCCACUCUCUGUGUUGAGGCAGCUAAUCUUCCCUGUAUUGCAGUCAGCCUGUCAUCUCCAUCUGUUUCUGACGCUGGGCCCAAAAAUAUUUUUCGCUUGUCAGGCAGAUAGCAAUCAGAAGAGCUCUUAACUUCUGUACGUGUCAUAACAUCUUUAUGAAGGACAAUGGCUUCUUGUAGGCUUCUUGAAGACAGAAAAAACAGAUAGAAAAUAUUUUGUGGGUGAUACUACCAUUUAACAACCUGAUUGGCUUUCCUUCUUGACAGUGCUUGGAGAACUAUAGAAGUGGACCUAUGAGAACUCAUGUGACUCCACCAAUAGUGUGGUAGUAUUGGAGCACACGUGGGUGGGAAAGCAGUGGAAUGCUCUCUUCGUGGGCCAGUAGAGCAAUGGAAAAUAAAACUAAAAUCACGACAGUUAGCUAUUGAUAACUCCCCCCAACAUCAAACAAUUUCACAAAAAAAGUUUUAUAUGUCCUUUUCUAUAUGUGUGUUAAUGAAGAACCUUGUUUAAAUCAGGGAUCAACUCGAAAAUCCAAAACCAGCAGCUAUGUUUAUACAGUUUAAUCAAAAAGAGUCACAGGUUUGUUACAACCAAAAAAAGUAUUCUCUCUUGUGUAAAUGUAUAACUUUUACUCACUUUUUUGCUAUAAUUAUUAUUAGUAUUGUUAUUACUGUAUUAUUAUUGCUUAAAAGCAAUGAGCGUGGAAAGAAAUACAAAAUAUUUUACGGGCAGCUGUCUGUAAAAUGGGCCAAACUUGUAACAUGCAGGGAAUGUCUCUGUGGUCCUCCUGACGAUUCUGGAUUUGCAUGUUGUUAUUUGUUUUGUUAUUCUGUGACUCAUUUGAAUCUUACAAAAGUUUAUAACCACACCUGUAAAACAACAUUUGGGCGAAUUCUUUUUAUUUGUGUAGCAUCCUGUACAGUAUUCUUAAGGCAAGCUCUGGAUAUGUCCACAAGGAUAUAAUUUUUAAAAACCUCGCAAGAUUACCUGCACAGAUAACUGUUGACUAGAAGGCACAUAAUAUUGUGUGAAAAGAAGAGUACUGUUAUAAACUAGAAAUUGAUUUCUGGUUCAAAAAUGAGUUUCUACUUUAUUGCUAGGAUUUCACUUUUUUUUUUAAAAGACAAGAAAAAAACAUGCAUAUUUUAAUGCGCCCUUUUAAUUUGUCAGAAUGACUCAUUUGUUCAGCACCUGAUAAUUUAGAGUUGUCAGCACUUGAUUAUAUAGCGAGACUUUGGAAAUGGCCAUUAUUUUGGUAAAGUAGCAAUUCUAGCAAACCUCCAGGGGAAAGGUUGCCUACACCUUUACUGAAGGUUUCCCCUUGUGAGAGGGAAAAAAGGGACACUCAGCUUUAGGAAAGGCCAAUGCUUACAGUCGAAGAACAAAUUCUGGAGAGAAAAUAAAAGAGUCUUAACUCCUCGACACUGUUCAAUGCAAAGAAAAGAACUCCAUAUAUAAACCCUGCAUAUGGCAGAUAGUGGUGCUCUGCACUUGGAGAACCCCACAGGAACUCCCAUCUUUUACAGUGCAGCCAUUUUCAUGGCAACAAGCGGUUUUACAUUCUGGGUGAAAUGGACAGGAUUUCAAACAGAGGAGCAGUUGUCCUUUACAGAAGAUGAUCGCAGUCACAUUUUUUUUUUUUGUGAAGUGUGAUCUCAAAUUCAUUGGCGAUCAACACACAAAAGGGGCUUUGUCAAUGUGCUUGUUCUGCCUUCCAGUUGUGGAGUCUCUUUAAAAUAAGUAUUUCUAAAAAUAUAUGGAAGCAGAUGAAGUUCAUUGCUAGAGAAUAGAGCAGUGUUGCCUCAUCUGUGAUCUUUGUACCACUCCUCCCAAAGUACUUUAGACAGGAGUAAAGGAAGCAAGUAUCAGGUCUCUGAAUUAUGGCAUUGUAGUCCUUCACACUUUGUUUUACUCCAGACCAACACCAGCUUAUAAACUAUCUAACUUGCUCCAUAUGAUGGCUUUUUCCUGCACUUUACUGUCAUUUUUAUGCAAAGAUUUUUUUCUUUUUCUCGAGUCAAAUCAGAUGUGAUCUUUGGUUUCUUGUUAAAGUAAAUGUUUGGAAACUUGUCCAAAAAAGUGGAAAAAUGUUUUUUUUAACAAGCUGUUUUAGCUUACUCGGUGCCACUUUUGAUUGUUUCUUAGAAUGCAGUAUUAAGGAACAUGCCUCUGUGCUUUAUACACUUUUUAAAGAUGAUAUUGUCAAACAGUUUAAGUAGAAGUUAGAUUCGUCAACCCCUCCGGAUAAAACAUUAGGUUGUAAAAUACCUGAAAAUUGGCAUUGUAUUUUGUGAACAUUAUGAACUCCAACUUUGUAAUCUAUUAUUUGGCAAACAUUUACUUGUUGUUUUUUUGUUGUCAUGAAAAUUCCACAGCAUAUUUGGUGAGUUUGUGUCCUGUAUUGUUGCGUUAAGAUCUCUACAUGUUUUUAGAGGGCUUGGAACCUUUGUUGUAAUAGACCCACUUGAUGUACUGCCACGCCUGGUGCUGAGGGCUGGGGUUCUUUUGUCCUGUAAUUUGGAGGGAAACUGCCUGUGUGUGUCAGCGCGUGUGAGGCAGACCCCGGUGCUCCAGAGGAUUCCUGAGAGAACAUUCCAGUCAAGGACUGCAGACGGCGAUACGAUGCAGAAACGGCUCUAAAAUGAUAACACUGAUCAACAGGAACAAUUCUGUCCCCGCAUAUUCCUAAUCUUAAGCUUUUUGCGUCGGCGUACCGCAAUCAGCACGGUAGACUAAGAAACGUAACCGGUACAUGAGAUGUUCACAGUAUUCCCGUGGCAAAGAAGAGUUAUUUCGUACACACACGUCCCUGGUGCUGAGCAGGGUGCUGGACAGUGGUGCUGAGCCGUUCAGCAUCCUCAGCCGUGUAGGUCAUACUGAUUUUAUUUUAUAUUUCUUCCAAAGUGUCUAAUGUAUCAUUCUGUAAUUUCUUUGAAACAUGGCAAAUAAAAAGGUGAACUUUGUCCAUAUGAAACUGAAGCAUAAA